AUGGAAAGCGAAGUUUCAGAUUUACGAAAGCAAUUACAAGAGAAGGAUAAGGAAAUAGAAAGAUUAAAGAAACUUCUGACGAUAAAGACACCUACAGCUGUUGAAGAGAAAGAUAUUUGUGUACAACAUCAAUCUGAAGCAAGAGACAAGCUCAGUAAUGCCGAAAUAUCACGCUAUAGUCGACAACUUAUCUUACCUGAAAUAGGAGUCAAAGGUCAGUUGUCCAUCAGCUCAGCAUCUGUGUUAGUUGUUGGUGCAGGUGGAUUAGGAUGCCCAUCCAGUAUAUACCUGGCGGCAGCUGGAAUAGGACGGAUAGGGUUAGUGGACUAUGAUGAGGUAGAAUUGACCAAUCUCCACAGACAGAUUCUUCAUACAGAAACCAAAGUCGGUGUGACCAAAUCUGCAUCUGCAGCACAUGCAUGUAAAAGCUUGAACACCCAUGUGGAGUGUAUUCCCUACCAUUUACAACUGAACAGUUCCAAUGCUUUACAGCUCAUACAACAAUAUGAUAUAGUAUUAGAUGCCACAGAUAAUGUAGCCACUAGGUACCUUCUUAAUGAUGCCUGCAUCCUAGCCAACAAGCCAUUGGUGUCAGGCAGUGCACUCAGGUUUGAGGGACAACUUACAGUAUACAACUACAAUGGGGGACCAUGCUACAGGUGUCUAUACCCCAAACCCCCACCCCCAGAGACUGUCACCAAUUGUUCUGAUGGAGGUGUCCUGGGUGUAGUCCCUGGAAUCAUUGGGUGUCUGCAGGCUUUGGAAGCUCUCAAAAUAGCAGCUGGUGUUGGAUCUUCAUUCUCACAAGUGAUGCUUAUGUUUGAUGGACUGGAUGGUACAUUUAGAAGGAUCAAGCUCAGGGGGAGACAACCCUCAUGUCCACUGUGUGGCACAGAACCUUCCAUUACACAAUUGAUCGACUAUGAACAGUUCUGUGGGGCCAGGGCUAAUGACAAGGACAAAUGUCUGAAGGUGUUAGACUCAAAACAAAGGAUUACAGUGCAUGAAUACAACAAGAUGUUAGAGACAAAGUCAAAUCACAUCCUGGUGGAUGUCCGGACAGAAGUAGAGAUGGACAUAUGUCAGUUACCCCAUCAACCAAUCAAUAUACCAAUUAGUAGAAUUGGACAUGAUGAGAGCAUAGCUUUGUUACAGAAACAACUGAAAACAUCAGAUGAGAAACCUGCAGUGAUUGUGGUGUGUCGCCGUGGUAAUGACUCACAAAUCGCAGUAAAAACACUUCUCAAAUGUUUUAAAGACUCAGAAGUGGAUAUUAAAGACAUCCGUGGUGGCCUGUACGCCUGGGCUAAACACAUAGACACAAACUUUCCUGUUUACUGACCUACAACAUAAACUAAUUAGUAGAUUGAUGCUGGGCAUCACUCAAUUUACCCUUGUGGGUGUCCCAAGUAACUAAUGUUACACCACGGGGCUGCGACAGUCCCACUUAAAACUUCUGGAAGAUGCACUGAAGAACUGAUUUAUUAUACACAUUAAAAAAAAAACUCUUGUUCAAGAUUAUGAGGAUUUUGUUAUAAACCAACAUAUUGAAUCAUUUUGUUUCAAUCUUCAUAGAAGAAAAA